UAUCAAUCAGUUCUUACAUUCUAUGUUUCGCAAAAGAGAUUUCACGUGCCCUGAUUAUCAUUUGAUCACACUCAGCUCAGCUCCUUCUUUGCAAAUUAAUUGACGUCGAGGGUUAACGAUGUUAGCUGGUAGUCAGCAAGGUCUGAUGUUGGUACGACUAGUUUUCGCGUUAUUGGCAAUAUGUGCUCAAAAUUCUGAAGCUCGUGUGACAGUUGAUCAAAACGGGGUGAAAUCAAUGGUGUAUUUAUCACCUAAGAUAACCCAACACCCAGGAUCCGUGUCCAACAAAUACUACUACGACGUCGAGUUCCCAAAAGGUCAUAUCGGUCUAAAAAGUUUCAAUGCUGAAGUUGUUGAUGAAGCAGGGAACCCUGUUUCACUUCAAGAAACUUAUCUCCACCACUGGGUUGCAGUAAGAUAUUACCAACGAAUAGGUAUCAAAGAUCCGAAUUAUAAUAAUGGUGGUAAACUCGGGUUUCACCAAUCGGAUGUGAUCAUUGCUGGGAACUCUGGAGUAUGCAAUAAUGGUCUGACUCAGUUUUUUGGAUUGGGGUCUGAAACACGAAAAACGUCCACAUAUGUUCCUGAUCCUUAUGGAAUUGAAGUUGGGAACCCACUUGAAGUUCCUGCUGGUUAUGAAGAGAAAUGGCUGGUUAAUAUCCAUGCAAUUGACACUCGUGGUACUGUAGAUGCCAAAGGAUGUACCGAAUGCAGAUGUCACUUAUAUAAUGUAACGGAGGAUGAAUAUGGUCGUCCACUGAAGCCAGAUUAUGAGGGUGGGUUAUACUGUUGCUAUGAUGGAACACAAUGUGAAGUGAAAAACGGACUCGAAAGCAUUAAACGAAACCUUUACCUGAAGUACACUGUUAAGUGGGUUGAUUGGAGUGACUCCAUUGUACCUGUUAAAAUCUUCAUAUUUGACGUCACUGAUACAUGGCAGAACACUGGAAUCCAUGAUUGCCUUAUUGAGUAUAAUAUUGAACAAUCUACCACUGGAGUGACUAAUAAUGAUUUCACUAGCACUAGAAGGUCAAAUGCCGGUUUUCCAAGUUCUGGUGAUGUCGUUUAUGGUGUUGCUCACCUCCACAGUGGCGGAAUAGGUUCUGCAUUGUAUGGAGAGGAUGGACGGGUUAUUUGCUCUUCUCAAUCUAUUUAUGGGCAAGGAAAUGGGGUUGGAGAUGAAGCCGGUUACAUUGUAGGAAUGUCGACUUGUUAUCCUAAGCCAGGUUCUGUGAAGAUAUCCAAAGGUGAAGUUCUAACUCUGGAGGCUAAUUACAGCAGCGAAAAGAGCCAUAUAGGUGUCAUGGGCCUCUUCUACAUUCUUGUUGCAGAGCCUUCUUUGAAAAUGAAUGAUCCAAUUCAAACUCAACAACAGUCGGUGGUUCCAAUCUUCUUUUGGGGAAUAGCUUUGUUUGGAUUGGCAAUUUCUGCUGCUAUUGUAGUUUCUUAUCGGAGAAACAAACAAACUGAGGAGGGCUACCAGUCUAUUGCAAGUUAAUCAACCUUCUUCUCUGAUUUGAAAUGAUGGGGAUGCAUGCUAUACUAUGUUGGCCUUGUUGGUUUGUAGAAACUAAAUCAUUUAAUUAUGAUCGUAAGUAUGUAUGUUAAAAGUUAUAAGGAAUAAGGAUAUAUCACUAAUAUGAAAUAAAGUUUGGUUCGCAGUUUAUCACUGUAAUCGUGUAGAUUAGAUCAAGAAUGAUGAUUUUGUUGUAUAGGUUGAAUCAAACUUCUAUAUAUAUUCCGUAAUAAUAGUAUGUACAUUAUUUUA